AUUUCAUUUUUACCAACCAAACUCAAGGAGAAUGAAAAAGAGGAACAUUUUAACAGUUAUUUUGUUGCUAGUGUAUUAUGACACAUUUGACGCUUUUGUACCGGAAGAUGAUUUUUUACAACAGUCUAACAGACCCGAAAGUUGCUACGGAACUGAUGAAGUAAUGGAUGCAAAAUGCUGUCUUUUCCCUCCUUUUUUCGUGAGAGAGAUAGCCAGAGAGUGUGGAGCACUAUUUUCACUUCAACACAGAAGUGUUGAACAUAAUAUAACGACAUUCAGGAGAGAGGCGAUGACGGAUAAUUCGUGGGCGUGUAUAUUACAAAAAUAUCAUUUGCUAAAUGACGACAAAUCUUUAAACAUGGAACGGUACCAUGCCCAUCUUGAUAAAUGGAUAGAACUCAAUCCAACGUUUUACGCUGCCAUUCAUAAAGCCAGGUCAAAAUGCAUGCAAAGGUUUGAAAUGUAUCUUCCUUUGAAAGCUGAUGAAUAUUUCACAUUUCAAACUUGCAUCAGAGCUUACGUCAAUAUACAUUGUCCAAAUAUGUUAAAAACUAACUUGUGUGACAAACAGAAGAAAUUUUACGGUAAAUGUUCUCAGUAUUUUUUCAAAUGAGAAAACCUUUGUGCUGCGUACGCUGUCAAAGAUUUAAUACCAAAAAUGUGCAAGUAUUACUGUCAGUGAAAUAGUCAAAUCUGAGCAACUGUCAACGUAGAUUGCUAAUAUGAAAAUCAUAAUUUAAUGCAAUUGCCAUACUUCAAGACAUUUCAAGAC